GCGGGAGGAUGCUGAGCCCCGAGCGGCUGUCGCUGCCGGGGCCCGAGUACCUGGCUCAAAGACAUGUCCUCACGUACAUGGAGGAUGCAGUGAGCCAGCUGCUGGAGAACAGAGAAGAUAUUAGUCAGUAUGGCAUUGCCAGGUUCUUCACUGAAUAUUUUAACAGCGUGCGUCAAGGAACACACGUCUUGUUCCGUGAGUUCAGCUUUGUUCAAGCUACCCCUCACAAUAGGGCAUCUUUUCUUCGGACCUUCUGGAGGUGUUUCCGAACAGUUGGGAAAAAUGGAGACUUGCUGACAGCACAGGAAUACCACUGCCUGCUGCAGCUGCUCUGCCCUGACUUCCCAAUGGAACUCACUCAGAAGGCAGCAAGGAUUGUGCUGAUGGAUGAUGCUAUGGAUUGCCUGAUGUCUUUUUCUGAUUUCCUCUUUGCUUUCCAGAUCCAGUUCUACUACUCAGAAUUCCUGGAAAGCGUGGCUGCCAUUUAUCAAGAUCUGCUGGCUGGUAAGAAUCCAAAUACUGUGAUUGUGCCAACGUCAUCCUCUGGGCAACAUCGGCAGCGCCAACCCCAAAAUGACUGCAGCCCACUGGAUGGGGUGGAGGCAUCUCUCUUCUAUCAGUGCCUAGAGUCCUUGUGUGACAGAUCAAAAUACAGCUGUCCACCUUCUGCUCUUGUGAAGGAAAUGUUGAGUAGUGCACAGAGGCUGACCUUCUAUGGAUUCCUUAUGGCACUUGCAAAGGAUCAGGGGAUCAACAGAGCCUUAGGGGCUUUGCCAGAUAAAGGAGACUUGUUUCUGGACCCCACCAUGGAUCAGGAACUUGAGAAAUUCAUUUGUCUUUUCUCUUUCAGGAUAGCUCAGGUUUCAGGGCUUUCCGUCUCCAGUCCUACCAGCUCCAGCGGGGACACAGCUAAUCUGCCUGUCCGUAACUCACCCAGGAUUAACUCUCCCUGGAAACCUCUACACCAUCGGCGAAAAAUGGAUGCUGAGAGUGAAGGCUCCAAUGAAGAGACAGACUCCUCUGAAAAUUGAAGGUUGUGAGGGUGGGCACCGUUCCCAUCUUGGGUUUCUCCAGAACCUACUGCAGAAACAGCACCUCCUCCCACAGCAUCUGCUCUGAUGGUGGGUUCUGUCCACAUCACCAGCAUGUGUGUGGCUGUGCCAGUCCCCGUUGCCAGGUCCACCCAUCUUUUCCCGGGAAGAACUCUGCCUUUUUCCUAGCUCCAAAUUCGUGCAGGAAUAGCUCCUCUGCAGAAGCUAUUUCCAGCUGCAGAGUUAUGCUACCCUCUGCUGGCAAGCCAGCGGAUGCUAGCUCUGCCUCCACUUGGAAAUAGCUGUGUAUUCACUCACUGGGGCUCUCCCUCCCGGUUCAGCAGGUGCUGCAGUAGUGGGAGUGCAAGUGCAGGCCGCUUGCCAGUGUUUUGUUGUGUAGCUGUGUUCAGACUUGGCCUAAGACAACAGAGUGGUUAAAUCGCCAGCAGCACCUCUGCACUCGCGCUCCAUUAUAAUUAUUCCCAGUAAAGCUGCACCUGUGUAUGAUCAAAGGUGGAGAAAUUCCUAAGUUCCUAGAAAAGAAAGAAGGCUUAGGUAUUGCCAUGCCACCUGUCUUUACUUCCUCCUCCAUGUGUCCAAGACUUGCCAAAGCAAAUAUAGCAAAUAAGCCAGGUUGCAGUAAAGUACUGUAUGGUGCUAUCUGGCUCCUCUGCUGUACUGAGUUCUGUUCUGAACAGCGUAUUAAGGUCAUUUGGAAAAGUGAGCUUCAGGGGGUUGGGGGAGUGGGAGAGAGAGGGAAGAAGUCUUUGAAUCCCUUGGCCGCAGGUGGUGUGGCUUGCAAACAUAUAGAGCAUCUGCUGGGUUUGGGUGGG